AUGGGAAUUAAAGUGUCCAAAUCAAAUUUAGUUUUUACCAAUGCAACGUACGUACUGAAACCAAAGACAUCAUUAACAAAAACAACUGCCACUGUCGUCGAAACAAUUGAGCAAAAUCAAGAAGAAAUAACACUGGUUUGGUUAGAUGUAAAACCCGUUGUUGAUCAGUUAAUUCAUCGAGAACAAAAACUUCGAGAAAUAAACGAUUAUUGUAAAUUUUAUUAUGACCAAAAUUCUUGUAUAGAAUAUAUUCAUUCAUCUGUGAAUGUUAAAGUAUUUCUUGUUAUUCCCGGUUCAUUAGCAAAUAAUAUUUUGUUAAAAGUACACAAGUUGGAACAAGUUGAUUUCGUUUUUAUAUAUUGUAUAGAACGAGAUAGAUAUUUAUCAUUGUUAAAUGAUUAUUCAAAACUUGUUGGCAUUUAUACCAGUGAAAACGAUCUUAUGAAAAGUAUUCAAAAUACAAUAAAAUUAGUAGAAAAGCGAUUGAUUACAUUAAACUCAUACAAUCACAAACAAAAGUCAACAAGAGACUUAACUACUGAAUCUGGUUCAUUUUUAUUUUUUCAAUUAUUUAAAGAUAUACUCAUGAAUAUGCCACAAACAAACGAAUCCAAACACGAGAUGAUUCGAAAAUGUAGAGACUAUUAUUGUGAUAAUAAAAAACAGUUAAAAAAUAUAGAAUUAUUUAAUUCAACUUACCAGUCAAUCGACGCUAUUCAAUGGUAUACAAACAGCAAUUUUCCAUUGUAUAAACUUAUCAAUAAAGCUCUUCGAACAGAAGACAUUAAUGAAUUAUUUCAUUUUCGAUUUUUUAUUGUUGAUCUAAGCUCAAAUUUAUUUAAAACAUACAAAGAUUAUAAAAAAAUGAACAUUAAAUCACCGAUUGUUCAUCUGUAUCGUGGAACAUAUUUAUCAAUUGAUGAAUUGCAAAAGUUAAAAGAAAAUGUUGGUAAUUUAAUAUCGACAAAUGGUUUUCUAUCAACAAGUAGAUGUCGAAUGGUUGCAACAAUGUUUACGGAUAAUGCUAUAUUUGAAAUUGAAACAGAUAUUCGAUUAAAGACAGUUGUAUUUGCUGAUGUAGCUCAAUAUAGUAAAUUUCCAGAUGAACAAGAGGUAUUGUUUGAUAUAGGUGCAGCAUUUCAAAUUGAUAGUUGUGUUUACGAUAGUAAUACUGAUAAAAAAUGGAUUAUUAAAAUGACAGCUACUGACAAAGGAGCAGAAUUAGCAAAGGAAUAUUUUGAAUUUCAGAAGAAAAAAGUUGCUGAAUCUGAUAUUGUUUUAAUGUUCGGACACCUUUUAAUUGAAAUGGGUCAACAUCAAAAAGCUCAAAAAUAUUUUGAAAAUGUAUUACGUCAGAAACCAAAUGAUGAAGAAGUGGCUUGUAUUUAUCAUAAUAUUGGACGAGCGUAUCGCUUAAAAAACGAGUACGAAAGAGCAAUUGAUAAUUAUAAUCAAUCGUUUCAGAUGCAUAGCAUUGCUCGACCACCUCGAUAUUUGAGUGCUGCUAAAUCACUAAAUGGUAUCGGUGUUGUUUAUAAUGAAAUAAAAGCAUAUCAUAAGGCAUUGGAAUAUUUAAUAAAAGCCUUAAAUAUGUAUCAGAAAAGCUUACAAAAUGAACAUAUUGAUAUUGCCGGUACAUUAAAUAACCUUGGAAAUGCUUAUCGUGGAAAAAGAGAAUUUGACAUAGCACUUGAAUAUUUAAAAAGAGCUCAAAAUAUUAAUGAAAACAUUUUACCACACGAUCAUCCAAAUAUUUCACGAACAUAUAAUAACAUGGGUAAUAUUUAUUAUGCGAAACGAGACUAUCAAAGAGCUUUAGAAACUUAUACAAAAGCUAUUACAAUGAAUAAGAAAAUUUUACCUUCAGAUCAUCCAGAUAUAACACGUUGUUUGAAGAAUUUGGGACUUGUUCAUUGCAAUAUGAAAAAUUAUGAUCAGGCAUUGAAUUUUUUCUCAAAAGCAUUAGAAAUAGUUGAAAAAACGUAUCCACAAGAGCAUCCAUGUGUCACUGACAUACAACAGCAAAUUCAGAUUAUUAAGAAAUAUAACGAAAUAUCAUGA